CUCCGCAAAGGCUGUCUAAAGCAAAGAGAAGAUAUUAGGCACUUUGCACUGUUCCUGACCACUGCUCUUCUCUCCUGCUCUCCUAAAAGCUCUGAUUUGUGCCCUCUGCUUUCUCGUUGCCAUGGAGAAGGUCCAACACAUGACCCGCUCCGCUCUCAGGAGAGCCUCAACUAUUGAGGUCAACCCACAAGCACGCCAAAGGCUCCAAGAGCUCUUUGUGAAUUUCUGCCUGAUUUUAAUCUGCCUCUUGCUGAUCUGUAUCAUUGUGAUGCUUCUCUGAAGUUCCAGCACUUCUCUGCCCUGUCCUCUAGGAAAGUCACCCUAGGGGGAAGAGAGACCUACACAUGCAGCUCCCAGUG